AAGUAGGGCAGAGUACACUGUCACUCUACCAAUACGUUUUGUUAGUCAGUAUAUUUCUUCUAGGAUUCAAAUCAUAACACACGUUGUUCUUCCUUCAGAUAACAUCCCGUAUUCAGUUGUUCAGGAAAUUUCUUAGAUAGUUAAGAAACACAACAAUCGCCAAACAUGAUGGGUUAUCGUUUCCUACAAUGCUUCAUGUUUCUCCGCGUACAAACCCUGUUGCUUGGUAACUCACUGUUGACAGGUAAUAGUAUUUCGCCUCAAAAUCGCACAUUGGGAAACAAUCAGAGAAUUCUAAGCGAUAUAUUGAACCAAGAAAGCCUACUGCGGUUUUCAAUGAUUCAAAAAAUGCAAAUAUUUACGAUGGAUAUCAUCGAAAUCAAGAGAAAUAACAAUUUAUUGAUGAGUAAACUGGAUACGUUGACGAAAGAGCAGGCGGCUGCAAAUAAAAGAAACUCUGUGUUAGAAAAAGAGAAUGAAAAAUUAAGCCAGCAAGUAAGUGCAAUCCAGGAAGAAGUGAUCACCUUGAAUAAUACGGAGAAGAACUGGAAAAUAUAUUCUGGAACACACGAUGGUGAAAUCACAGAUUUGCAAAACAUAUAUGGAGACCUGAGGAAAGAUAUCGGACAAAUAAAACAAUCUUUGACGGAUAUGAACCAAAGACUGGACAGCUGGAAUACUUCAAACAUGCAUUUUUUAUCUGACCAAGAAAAGGAAUUGGAUAAUAUCCACUCGAAAUUUAAUACAGUUCUCAGACGAGUAGGUAGAUUAGACUACAAGAUAAAGGACAGAGGAGAAUUUCGAAAUAGUUCACAGAAUUUAAAUGAAACUGGCCAUCCUGUUUUUUACGAAGAGUUAGAUAGCCAAUGGGAUGUGAGCAUCAGUAAAGAUGGUGUUCGUCUUGUAAAUGGUGCAUCUUGGAUGGAAGGUCGUGUCGAAAUCUACAAAAAUGGACAGUGGGGCACUAUUUGUAACGAUAACUGGAACACAGAAGACGCCAGUGUUGUUUGUAAAAUGAUGGGUUUUCCUUACGGAAAACCAAAGGUGUUUGGGCACUACGGAAUUUAUAUGAGACCUAUGGUAAUGGAGAAUGUAUUGUGUCAUGGUUCAGAGCUUAGCAUCCGUGAUUGUCCCCAUAGUACACCAAGCUCAUGUCCGUCCAGCCAGACUGCUGGUGUUAUAUGUAUAAACUAUCCCCCUGUUCAGUUGACAGGUGGGCGAUCGGAAACUGAGGGGCGUGUUGAGGUAUACGUUGGAAACCAAUGGGGAACAGUGUGUGAUGAAGGUUGGGAUGAUAUCGACGCUCAAGUUGUUUGUCGGAUCUUGGGAUUCGAAGAUUAUUACGCUGCAGCAUUCGGAGGGGGAUAUUUUGGUCGAGGUAAUGGACCUAUAUUUCUCAGCAACUUGACGUGUAACGGCACAGAAAGUGAUAUCAUGACAUGCAGUUUAAACAGCACUAUAAACCUUGGUGACGUAUGUGGACAUGAGAACGACGCUGGAGUCAGUUGUUUUCCGAUAAGGUUGGUUAAUGGACGUGAUAAAACAGAGGGUCGAGUAGAGAUCUUCAGAAAUAAUGAGUGGGGGACUGUCUGUGAUGAUGGAUGGGACGAUGAGGAUGCUGGAGUUGUCUGUCGUAGUCUUAGAUUACCAAGCUCGAAUGCUGUACACAGGUCCUCUGCGUAUUUUGGAAAGGGCAAUGGCCAAAUAUGGCUCGACAAUGUAAACUGUGUCGGUAUUGAGGAUGACAUAAUGAACUGCAGUCAUGGUGGAAUUGGGAAUCAUAACUGUAGUCACGGAAAGGAUGCAGGAGUCAGCUGUUUACCCAUACGUUUGGUGGGGGGACAUGAUAAAACAGAGGGUCGAGUGGAGGUCUUCAUCAAUAACGAGUGGGGCACAAUCUGUGACGAUGAAUGGGAUAACCAGGAUGCCCAAGUUGUUUGUCGCCAUCUUGGAUUCUCUGGUUAUACAGGUGUAGUUCGAAGUUCAGCCACAUUUGGACAAGGUACUGGGAGUAUUUGGUUAGACAACGUAAGGUGUGGGGGCGGAGAGAACAACAUACUGAAAUGUCGUCACAGUGGUGUCGGAACAAAUGAUUGUCAUCACAGCGAGGACGCAGGAGUUAGAUGUGUACCUGUACGUCUGAUGGGAGGUUCUUCUGGCAGAGAAGGACGAGUUGAAGUGUACAUAAACAAUCAAUGGAGUACCGUCUCUGACACUAACUGGGAUCAGAAUGAGGCUCAAGUAGUUUGUGAAAGUUUGGGAUACUCCGGCUACAAUGCCGUGGCUCGUCGUUCUGCAUACUUUGGAGAGGGCAGCGGAGACAUUUUACUUGAUAAAGUACAAUGUACAGGCAAAGAAAGGGACUUGCUUGCCUGUCGUCAUGGAGAUGUAAACAAAAGUAGCAGUAGCCAUAGCAACGAUGCUGGAGUCAGUUGCCUUUCGAUCCGUCUGGUUGGUGGGAGAAAUCUGAUGGAGGGUCGUGUUGAAGUUUUUAUGAGGAAUACCUGGGGAACAAUUUGUGACACAGACUGGAGCAAUCAAGACGCCAAAGUUGUUUGUAGUACUCUGGGGUAUGGCAGAUUAACCCCAGUAGCUCAUCAUGCGUCACAUUUUGGAAAAGGUAGUGGACAAAUAUGGUUAGACAAUGUAGAUUGCCAUGGUAAUGAUACCGAUAUCCUGAACUGCAGGCACAGGGGUGUCGGUGUUCACAACUGUCAACAUUCCAAGGAUGCAGGAGUGAGUUGUGUCCCGAUUCGUCUUGCUGGAGGCUCUUUUAAUGAUUCGGGUCGGUUAGAGGUGUACAUGGAAGGAGAAUGGGGAACGAUCUACAAUAGGAACUGGAACGAUAUUGAUACUGCAGUUAUUUGUAGCAGUCUGGGAUAUUCAGAAAAUUCUGGUUCAAUCCUCAAUAUAUCGUUAUUUGGACAAGGCAAUGGAAGAAUUUGGUUGAAAAAAGUCGAUUGUAUCAUUUCUGAGGAGGACGUUAUUGGCUGUCUUCAGAAAUCAGACUUGCAUAACUUUAGUCAUGACAACGACAUCGCCAUCACAUGUGGUCCUGGACAGAUUCGUUUGAUGAACGGACGUAAUGACUAUGAGGGUAGAGUGGAGGUGUUUAUCAACAACGAGUGGGGGACUGUAUGUGACGACGUCUGGGACAGUAAGCAUGCCAGGGUUGUUUGUCGAAGUCUUGGACUGCCAAGUGGUAACGCAGUUGCUCGAAAUGGAUCAUAUUUCGGAAUCGGUGGUGGAAAAUUUUGGUUGGACAACGUGAUCUGUAUUGGCAGUGAAGUUCACUUGUUAAACUGUGGUCAUAACGGAAUUGGCAUUCACAACUGUGGAACAAGUGAGCAAGCCGGUGUAAUCUGCAGAUGACAUUUCUUACAUUUUAAUUACCAGCACCUUAUGAUUUUAAAAUAGUUUCCUUUAUAGACGUAUUUAGAGCUUUUUCUUUCUAUACCGAUAUUUUUGUUACACAAUGUAAUUGAUUCACACUGUUUGACAUGAUAUACCAUAAUUUUGGAACUUGUGCCUUAUGUCCCUGCUUGAUUCUCCGUAAAGUAUUUGUUGAUACAUAAAGAUAUACAUAGACGCAUAUAUGGUGUAAUACUUAUGUAUUGUUAUAAUACCAUAAUAUCAUUCAUGAUCUUCAAUAAAAUAGAAAGGCUGGAAUGUAUCAUUUCAAAGUAGUCGAUAAGUAUAAUAAAAUGUAUACAACAUUUAACAAA